UGUAGAUGGGUUUAAUUUGUACUCUGCUUGUGAGAUGUAACAUACAAACAUAGACAUCAACUAAAACACAUAACUGAGAUUGUGCGCAAAAACACAAGGCUGGACCAAACCGAUGUCCCGCCCACAGAAGCCCGAUCUCUGCACCUGCCCCGCGCGCACAGCAGCCACUCAGUGCGCAAAGCACUUCCCACAAUAACACAUACCUGCUGCCUCAUACCUGCUCCACAGUUAUUCAUGUCAGAAAGCACCACCGGCAAACAUGUGUACGAGGCAUGAGCGCAGAAUUUAAAGGACUUGUCUGAAGUCAGCUGUUUGCAGUGACUAAGUUUCUUGCCCACUGGAUAUGUCUGUAUACCCAAUCUACAGGAGUCAAGUGAUCAUUCAUAUGCGCUCAGCAUGGAUCCACUAGAAGUGGCGUGCUCGCAUGGAUAUUAUUCGUCGUAACGUAUAUCUUUGAACGAUUGCUUCACCAUAUAUAUCCAGAUCCAGUUUCUCUGACCGUUCCUGCUGGAUUGGCGCUUCGUGAUGGCAGCUAUGGGAGAGAUCGGGACGUUUUUACAGAGCCUGGAGGGUUUCGGACAGGUCGGAUCACAGUUCUUCCUACCACCUCUAGGAGAAAACCUCGGGCUGUUGAAUGAUCAUUUAGUUCCAGCAGAGAGACUGUCACGGAGCACCUCCGCAGAUCUAACGCACUUGAAAGGGAUCCUGCGGAGAAGACAGUUGUACUGCAGGACUGGAUUUCACCUUGAAAUACUCCCGAAUGGCAGCGUGCAGGGCACGAGAAAGGACCACAGUCGUUUUGGUAUUUUGGAAUUCAUAAGCCUUGCUGUUGGAUUAAUAAGCAUCCGUGGAGUGGACAGUGGUCUCUACCUUGGGAUGAAUGACAAGGGAGAACUUUAUGGCUCUGAGAAGCUCACAGCAGAAUGUGUCUUCCGUGAGCAGUUUGAGGAGAACUGGUACAACACAUACUCUUCUAAUCUCUACAAGCAUGGAGAGAGAGGAGCGAGGUAUUUCGUGGCUCUUAACAAAGACGGCACGCCACGUGAUGGGACAAAAUCUAGGAGACAUCAAAAGUUCACUCACUUUCUUCCAAGACCAGUGGACCCUGAAAAAGUCCCAGAACUUUACAAAGAAGUGCUUGGACACAGCUGAGACCAUCCGUCCCAGUUAAAGGGCAAGAGGGAUGCCUAGUUUCUUCUCAACUUAACGUGGAGAUGCUAAAGUUCGGCUACAGUGUCCAAACCUGAGAUGUGCUCUGGAAAUGCAUGGGCUAGUACUGACGAUGAAGACAACAGUCUCAAAAGACUCACUACAUCGGUGCAGUUGGUGUCUUUGUUGCUGGUUGCAACUGACUAGUAGCAUUACAUGUCCAUGAAAACCAAAACUGAGGGUUUUGGAGGUUUUAACAUGGUACUGCUUUGCUCUGGAUAUAUUUGAUAUGGGUUUAGAAGGACUUGAAGGAACAAUGCAUACAUGAUGCUCAGAGAUGACAGAACUGGGACAGUGGAGAACAGGACAUGCCAUCUCACAUGAUGUUAUUUAUACAGUUCUUGAUACACAUAUUUAUUGUAUGUAUUUAUUUAUUUGAAAAUAUAAAUAUAUAUUUUUACAUCUUAAAGUAGA